AUGUUCAUAGUUGAUCAUGCUAUUGAUCAAUCUCUAGACACUGUCACGAGCAUCAUUGAAGAAUCAACAUAUUCAACAUACGAUCGUGAGUCCGCGGUUAAAACUAAACAGCUAGAGAUCGAACAAUUGUCUAAAGAUGUAAACGUUAAGAUCGCGAAAUUGUCUGAUAACAAUUACAAACUUCAAGAAUUGAAGAAUAGUAUCGAAAGCGCCAAGUUAAACUUUAUUCACGAAAAUUCUCAAAUCAAUCAAAAACUUGAUCAUGAAAUAGAAAUCGAAUUAAUGCGGUUAAACCAAGUGAAUAGUUCACUUAUGACUUCAAAAACAAAAGUAGACUCGAUAAAUCGAUCUUGCAAUGAUUUGCAAAACAAUAUUUUUACUAUCGAAAGAAACAUGAACCAAUUCGAAUCAAAAGCAUCUAACAUACAAAACACACUAUUUACAUUAUCAAGAGCAUCAUAUAAUUCCGACGAUAUCUUAAUAAAUAAUGAAAUUCAAACAAUAAAUCAACAAAAAUCACAAAUUGAAUUACAAAUUCAACAAUCACAAGGAAAUAUACAAAAUUAUAUGUCAAAUAUUCAACAUGCAAGAAAUGAAUCAUCGGCAUUUAAGAAUAAACAAAUAAUUUUAAGUAAUCAAAUUCAAACUAUCCAGUCAUCGCUACGUCAAUUGAGAAAUGAAACACUAAAUCACCAAGCUACAUUGUAUAAUCGCUCGCAAAAUCAACAAAGAUCUUCAAUUUUACUUGAGGCGCAAAAAAGUAAUCAUAACUCGAAUUUAUCAAACAUGAAUUUUAGACUCUCAUCAUUAGAUACCGAUUUGCACAAUAUAAGUUUGAAAAAGAAGUCAAUAAUUGAGAACACAAAACAAAAUCAAAAUUCUAUUGCUCAAAUUCAGAAAUCAACGCAAGAUCUGAAUACAUCAACUUCACAACUUGCUCAACAAAACAUAGAAAGAGAACAUAAAGCAGCAGAAGUACUUUCAAAGAUAAAAAACAAAAAAUUAAUUACUGAAUCUAAAAUUGAAAGCACAAAGGCAUUAAUUCAAAGCCUUAAUCUCAAAGCUGAUGAUCUUAAAAAUCAUAUCCGUAUUAUUGAGUCUAAGAAAUUAAGACAAACAGAUCUUGAAAAAGAUAUCGAAGAUUUGGCAAAAGCUGUUGACAAAGAUUUCUUUUCAAUGAAUUUCCAGACAUCUCAGUAUGAAAAUGUUAAAGAAUAUAUGGUCAAAGAAUUCGAAAAAAUUCAAUCUCAAAUUCAAAGCGCGAAUUCAUCCAUGGAUUCAUCAGAUAACAUACAAUAUAGUAUUAUUGACUUAUCACAAGCAACUCCAGAAGGUCAUACUGAACGUCUUUCAACUCUUCAUGUUCUAGUUAAAGAAGUUUUGGCCAAAAAUAAAGAAAUGAGAAAGCAAGUACAUAUUUUAGAAAGAAGAAUCGCUGAUAUGCAAGGUAGGAGACAAGUUAUCUACUCAAGAAGUGAUGAUGUAAGCGUUACAAACGAAUUAUUUAAAUACGUUGCAAUUCUUAGAGGAGACAUCGAAUCAAAGAAAGCAGAAAUAUGCCAGAAACAAGCAAGAAUUAUUAGAAAGAAGAGAAUGAUAGCAGCUAAGAAAAGAAGAAUCAAUUGCUACAGUAAUGUAACUCAAUAUGACUCAAGCAUUGCUGUACUUUUCAACAAUGAGCUAAUGAAAUGGCUUAGUGUUGAUGAUAGCAUGAAAACUAAUUUAAUUUGCAAAUGGUCAGACAAAUUAAGAAAUCUCAUUCAUAAUCUUGAAAAUGACAAUCUUUCUUCUGUUUUUUAUCUCAAUUAA